GCGAUCCAGUGCAGCAUUCCCGUUUCCAAAAGCACAGAAGCGCCGCUUUUACAUCGCGCUACCCUAUCCAGACAUUGAAACCGGUGGAAACACGCUGGUAAACAAUAAACCCCCAAACAUGUCCGUGGGCAAUGACUUUGGAAACCCUUUAAGGAAAUUCAAACUCGUCUUUCUUGGAGAGCAAAGCGUGGGGAAGACGUCCCUAAUUACACGCUUCAUGUACGACAGCUUUGACAACACUUAUCAGGCAACAAUUGGAAUUGACUUCCUGUCAAAAACCAUGUAUUUGGAGGACAGAACGGUUCGGUUGCAAUUGUGGGACACAGCAGGCCAGGAACGUUUCAGGAGCCUCAUUCCAAGUUAUAUACGAGAUUCCACUGUAGCUGUGGUGGUGUAUGACAUCACAAAUAUGAAUUCAUUCCAGCAAACUACCAAAUGGAUAGAUGAUGUCAGAACAGAGAGGGGAAGUGAUGUCAUUAUCAUGCUUGUGGGCAAUAAAACAGAUCUGGCAGAUAAGAGGCAAAUCACGAUUGAGGAAGGCGAGCAGCGAGCCAAAGAGCUGAGCGUGAUGUUUAUCGAGACCAGUGCUAAGACAGGCUACAACGUCAAACAACUGUUUCGACGUGUGGCAGCUGCCCUUCCAGGAAUGGAGAGCAUGCAGGAGACAAGCAAAGAAGGCAUGAUUGACAUUAAACUGGACAAACCACAGGAACCUCCAACUACUGAGGGUGGAUGUUCCUGUUAAUGGCUCAUGUCUGAUUACAGCAUCAUUUUCACCACAUGCUUGUUGUGUUGCUUCCUCUUGGUUAGCUUCCAGUUGUUUCCAGUUUGGAUAUACAGCCUUCACAUCUGACUUUCAGUAACUGGUUGGUAUCAGUGUUACAUUAAUUUAAAUUGUAAAAUAAUAUGCUUUAUUAACAAAUUGCCAAAAAUCGUAAAAAUUUGAAAAGCUUAGGGCAAAAAUCUACAAAAAUCUCUACUAUGUCCAACAUGUAUUCUUUUUGAACAUAUAGAGUAACACCCCCCCCACCCCCAAUUUUGUAUUUUUGUAUUUAAGGAAAAGUGCUAAAACAGAUGCAGACAAGAAAUUCUAUAAUUUUGCCAUAAAAAUUAAACAGAAUUUAAGCAAAGAGAUCAAAGGCAAGAGGGCAAUUUAGACAAUAUUUUUUUUCUUUUUUUCUCUCUGUGAAACCGAACACAAAAUUCAGGCAAGGAGAUUCGGGCAAGGUUUUUGAUCAUCUGAGUUUGUGUAAAUGUACUCAUUUGUGUCAUUUCAGAUCCCCCACAUCUUUGCCACAUUCCUGAAUCUGUUUAUGUUUGUGUAAAUUUUGUCUUAUGUUAUUGAGUUCGUGGAAUGUUUACAGUGUAUCUUUAUGAUUUCCUGAUUUCAAUGGAAUUUAAGCAAACACUUCAGUGGCCAAGCUUAACAAGGAAGGUCCUCCCUCUACUCAAGAAUGUUUCUUAAUAUUUAACUCAAUAGUUAGGAAAUGUAAUGUAUCGCAGAUAGUUGAAAGACAUGUGACAGAAAAGGAGCAAGUCAUGCACAUCUAAAUUUAGUUCAUCAUAUUUAAUUGAUUGGCAUAAUUAGUUUGCACCUUAACCAUUUCCACACGGAUUCUUUGAACAUAGUCAAAUGCUACUGUAAAAAUAUCGACUGACGUUUUCAAACAUGCGUUAACAUCAGAAAUUCAAAGAUGGGACAUUCAUCCUAAAACAACUGUAGUUCACUUUUAAGAGUUGUCAUUAUGCAGCAUUAUAUUGUUUGCCUUGUGUAGGGACCCACUUAUGUCUACAGCUGCUCUUCGGGCCAGUAAAUUGUAGUGCACUGACCAGGGGGACACGCGUUGUGUAGUAUAUACAUUUGUUUGAAAUGUAUUUCUUGUGAAUCUUUAAUGCACUUUUUCAAGAAAAUGUAAAUGUUUCAAAAUUGCUGUCAAAUGUCUGUCCUUGAAAUCUCUUUAGAGGUAAAACUGUAGCGUACAUCUCUGUGAAAACCCCGAGGGUCACUGUACAGAUAAACUAUUUGUAAAGUUGCUUCACAUAAUGGCAGAUAUGAGUUGAGACUUGCUUUUUGUGACGGAGAGGAAAUGUUGGCGUGCAUGAAAUAGGUGCAUAUACGUAUGAUGUUUGUGCCAAGAAUGAUACCACAUAAAGCAAAGUUUUGUUGAAUACCAGUUUAUUUGGAUUAAAUCCAACAGCAUUUUGUUGGAAUGGGAUACAAAACAUUAUGCUGGAAUUGAAUGACUGACUCAUCAAUCACAGUAAAACCUUUGCUUUUUUCCUAUGAAUUUGAACAUCUCUGUUUCAUAUGCCUGUGCUGCUUUUAAUGCAUCUCUCAGUUGUCCCUUUUAACCCAUAAUAUAGAAAGACAUGAGUGGCCAAACACUCCAUAGAAACUUUAAUGGGAAAGUCAGACUUUGUGAUAAUCUGGGGUUGUCACUCCCAGUUUCGAUUUGUCUGUGCAAGUACCUUCUCCAUUCAUAAAAAGGUGCAGAGAGAUGCCACUUUAGCAGUUUAUCAAUGGCUUUGAGAAUAUGAUAACUGGAUGGAGGUAUUUAUGGUUGACUGGUGACAUUUUGUUAUGUUUCCUUUAGUCAUUUUCACUUGGUUAUCUUUUGAAAUGAGGUUCUCAUUUGAAUUUAAAUGGGGUGCAGAUAUGCUUCAUGUAUUGAAUCAUAUCAUUAGUGUACCUGUAAUACCAGUAGUCAUUGUGAUAUUGACACAACGCUAAACAGCCUCGGUUGAAUGUCUGCACGUGAGUUGAGUUAUGCUUUUGAGGGUGCAACCAUUCCCAGUGUAUAUGUUUUAGCUCAGUGGAGCCAGCCUGAUUGAUUCAGAGCUUGCUGUUCCAUUCACACUGUAUAGAAAUCUAGCAUGUCGGUCCAAAUCAGUAAAAUCAAUAAAAGUGUCUUAUU